UGUCAAUGUAUGACAUGCACCGUUGGCCCAGAUGACCAUUACUCUCUGGGCCAGUUGAAUGAACAAGGAAGUUAAAAUGAACAAAGAGAUGUUAGUGUAGGCACACCUGAGUGUAGACAUAAAACCACAUUUUCCAUUCUGUCAUAAAAUCUUUCAUGUCAUGAUCUCAUCUCUGUGCAACACCAAAACACCACCAAAUGGAACAAAAAAAAGGUGAGAUAGGUGAAAGAUACAUCAGAAUACCACGUGCUAGUAUUUCAUGUCUUUUUGUGAAGUAUUACAGCCAAUCCCAUCUCAUUAGGGGCCGUGGUCAGUAGAGACCGCCUAUAGUACAAGUAUAAAUUCAAACCAUGGUUCAAGCACAUUCAUAUACUGUUGUUAAAUGAGAUACAAAAACACUCUGGAAUCUCCAAGAAAUGAAAAAAAAAAUGAGCACUUUCUGGAUUUUAAUUUUGAUCUUCAUGACCGUGUAUACAGUCCAACCUGGUAGAUGCUGGGUUACUGCACAAUCCCUCACAGAGGCACCAGUUCGUCAGCCUGAUAAAGAGCUCAGUGUGAAUAUCGGAGACUCGGCUACUCUGCAGUGUUGUGUUUCUGGAGAACAAAUCCAAAUAAUAGACUGGUUUAAGCAACCAAACAGAGAAAAACCUCAGGGUAUAGUCACGGUAUAUAAAGAUGCUAAAGAAACAUUUUACAAUGGAUUCCAGCAGUCUCGUUUCCAAAUAGAAAGAUCUUCAAACUGCUUCAAUAUGAUCAUUUUAGACAUCAUUCAGUCUGAUGAAGCCAUGUACUACUGUGCACUGACGAGACCCAACCCUGUGUUUGCAGAUGGAACUUAUUUAAAAAUUAAAAGUGAUCAUGUUACUAUUGCAUCAGAAACAUCUAAACCAGUUCUGUGUGAUAAUUCAGAGUACUUCAAAAAUAUCACACUACAUGGAAACAACACUAACAGUAGCACACACGAGAAAACAGUGUUCGCUUUGGGAACGGCUUUGGGCUUGUGUGUACUUCUGAAUUUCUGUCUUACUUGUUGCAUACUGAGAAGAAAAUGUGAUAAAAUGGACACUUCUAUAGAAAGUUCUCCAAGAAAGGGGCAGGAAUCUGAUGCUGAAACAGAGAAUUACGCCGCUUUGCAAUUCCCCAAGAGGAACGCCAAAGCUGAGAAAAGAAAAACUGGCUCAGAUGAAUGUGUGUACUCUGAUAUAUCUACCAGCAGUGACUUUGGAGCCCCUUCCAGUACUCCAAUGGCCCUGGGCUCGAGUCUCAUUGGAUUCAUUGGAUCACUGAUAGUUAGAAGGUAA